AUGUCAGGUCUGCUCAACUCUCGUUGGGCACCUGGUACGAGAGGAACACAAGGAUAUCCGCCGGCGCAGAAUGGCUUCAGGUCCUGGCCCUCGAAGAACCCAGCGGAGCGUGGUAAUAGCAGUAUCCGCCCGGCAACCAUCACACCCCAGGAUGGCCGUUUGUUACCACCAGCCGAAGAAUUGUCUCGCUUUAUGAAGAUUGUUGCCAGAUUACGAUGGAAACUGCCAUUUCUAGCAGAGGGCUACCGACUCGCGACACUUGGAAUCAGCGAGGUCAUAUCAGCCGAGGAUGUCGCGCACGCGGAAAUAAUGUUCAAGAUUGAUUUCCACGAAUACUAUGCUCUGCUCGAGCGUGCCAUUGUCCACUUAUUGGCGGUAUUCAAUAUUUCUGUCUCAUCGUCGCCUCGAGAGCCGCUAAACAACGGGACCGGCAUCGGUCGGCCUGCUGGUAUGCAUCGAUACCAUGCCAAUGUGCUAGAGGCCCUGCGGGAACAAUCGACCCCACUAUCCCCCGUUCUAGGUGGCGGCCCCGUUUAUCUGCAGUUACAGAAAGCCAAGGAACUGCGCAACAGAUGGAAAACGGCAGAUAUGACCUCCGAGGAACGAGAAAAACAAGGCGAAAGGAAGGACGUUCUCGCACUUGCAAGCUUUGACUUCGAGGGUAUUAUCUCUGACAUCUUUGGGGGUCUGGAGGAGUCAUAUAUCCGCGCAAAAGAGCAUGUGGAUAAAUGCAUUCGUCCAGAUGAGACUACUGAACAUGGGCUGAACUCCGAGGCGGACUGGGGGUUCAUGGUCGAUGCUAUGGAUUGGGAGGCCGUAUGA